AUGAAAAAAUUUCAAGCUUCAAAAGGAAUUGUUGUUGGAACCCAACAACCAAAUAAUCAAAUUGUUCAAAUUGAUUCAGGAAAAAGAAAAUGGAAGAUGAUAUCGAAUAAAGAUUUGAAACAAAGGAAAAGAUAUCAUGUUGGGAGAAUGAUACAAACUGCCAACAUUAUUCGACACAGACAAAGCAAAGGUGAGGAUAUUCAGAAAAAGGGAAAUGUGAAGAAGUUUUGGAAUUUUGAGACUAUCAAAAGUCUUGCUUUUUGUGAUGUUCGGGAGUUUUAG